AUGACAGAUGGUCAGAGUGCCGAUCAGGCAGCACCAGUGGGGAGUACAGCCCCAGUGGUCGGUGCUGAUACGCUUUCUCAGUUUGCUUCGCUGGUUGCUCAGAUGAUGAGCGAGACUCAGAGUAGAGCUUCUACUGUCAGAUCUGAUGACCUGGAUAGACAUUUGCAGUUGUUUUUGAGGUUGAAACCUCCGAGGUUUGAGGGCGCUGUUGAGCCCAGAGCUGCUGAAGAGUGGCUGAGGAGAGUGGAGAAGACCUUUGACGGGAUGCAGUGUCCGUCAGACAGGAAGGUACCGUUAGCAGUUUUUCUGUUAGACGGAGAGGCUGAGCACUGGUGGGACGGCCAGCAGGCAGCCAGAUUUCAGGGCAGACUGAACUCUUUGAUUACUUGGGAAGAGUUCACUGAGGUAUUCCGAGAUUGGUUUGUUCCCCCUUCUGCACGACAGCAGAUGCAGGAGAACUUUCUGAGGCUUGUUCAGGGGAGCAAGACGGUGAUGCAGUACGAGGCUGAGUUUACUGCAUUAGCCAGGUCUGAAGGAAUGGCAUCCACUACCAUUGGACAGGAAGAACAUAUUGUUAUAGAGGAGAAGGUUUCUGAAGUUCUUAAUGUUCAUAAGCUGGUAAAUAACCCUGAUAAGGGUGUAAAACUGCAGUCUAAAUUAGUGAAGGUUCAUAAUUCAAAAUCAGGUGAUCUGGGUAGUUGUGCAGAUGAUGUUAUUGAUGUUAAUAUCUGUCCUGUUAUUGGUAAUCAACAAAAUGGCUGGACCAAAAAUGAAAAUAUAAAUGUUUCUGAAUUAGAUUUUGGUAACUCCUUAUCUUAG